GUUCGGGCAACUGAGACGAAACGGAACACAAACUGUCUAUGGUGCAGCUAGCCUCGUUGUAGUUGAUCUUCGUCCACUCCCCUCCACCGCACAUCCCUCGCUGUAGAUUAUAGGCCCACGAACUUGCCACGACUGCGGCACUGCAUUCGCCGAAGUGCUGACCUCGUCCGAUUCUAUGAACCCGUCGUCCCCCACGCCUCUGUUCGAUGCCCUGAAAUCCCCAUCCAGUCCGCACAUCUCCAGCUCAAGCUAUAAGCUGGCAGGGCGCUCGCCAAGAGCCUCGCAAGACUCAGACGACUCCUUGCGAGAGCUCGAGUACUCCGAAGGUCCAUUACUUGCAGACGGACCGAUCUCCUCGCGCGCACGGUCGUACUCCAUUAGCGGGUUCGACUUCCAAGCCGACCUUUUACCACUCACAGCGAGUCUCAGUGAACCUGAUACGCAUCGUGGAGAGUCGCAUCCCAAAAAUCUCAGUUUAGCGAGUGGCAUUGCACUCAUCGUUGGGCUGCAAAUUGGCUCCGGCAUCUUCUCGUCACCCGGUGUAGUGGUCGCGAAUACGCAUAGUGUCGGUGCAAGUCUUGUUGUAUGGCUAGCCGCGGGUCUUCUGGGAUGGACUGGAGCAAGCAGCUUUGCGGAGCUUGGGUCGUCGAUACCGGUGAACGGAGGUGCGCAGGCAUAUCUCCAAUACGCAUACGGCCCUCUCGUCGCAUACCUAUUCGCGUGGACAGCAAUCAUUGCACUGAGACCAGGAGGCAAUGCUGUUAUCAGCCUCAUCUUCGCCGAAUACAUGAACCGGCUCUUCUUCCACACCGCAAAGGCUGAGGUAUCGCCGGAUGACAUUCCUCAGUGGGCCAUCAAACUCACUGCAGUUGCGGCAGUCCUUGUGGUGUCCGUACUAUGUGUGGCUACACCUAAUCUGGGCCCACGGACAGCUAUAGUGUUCACGACCGUCAAAGUAGCCGCAUUACUCUCUAUCACUAUCCUAGGGAUCAUCCAGUUGGCUAGAGGUCGUGCAUCGACUUCGCUCACCGAACCGCUCUUCGCCGGCUCGAGCACCAGCCCUUCAUCCUAUGCGCUCGCGCUGUACUCCGGUCUCUGGGCAUUUGAUGGCUGGGACCAAGCUAACUAUGUUGGUGGAGAGAUGAAGAACGCUGAGAAGAAUAUACCUCGCGCGAUCCACACGAGUAUGAUUAUCGUCACACUGUUGUUCCUGUUGGCCAACCUGUCUUACUUCGUUGUGCUCGACAAGAACACCGUAGGACGGAGCAACACAGUCGCGCUCGACUUUGGACGAGCAUUAUUCGGUCCCGUGGGAGGCGUCCCAUUCGCAUUGAUGGUGGCUAUCUCUUGCUUCGGUGCCCUGAACGGCGCGUCAUUCACCGCUUCACGCCUUAUCUACGCUGCUGGACGAGAAGGCUACCUACCUGCGAUGUUCGGUCGACUCAAUAAGCGGCUCGGGACACCCGUGAACGCGAUGUGUCUGCAGGUGACACUGACCCUCUUGUUCAUCGUCAUCGGCGGGGGCUUCCGCUCGCUCAUCAACUUCGCGGUCGUGGCCUCAUGGGCGUUCUACUUUAUCACUGUUCUCGGGCUGGUGGUUCUACGGAUUAAAGAACCGAUGCUGGAGCGGCCGUACAAGACGUGGAUCACCACUCCUUUGAUCUUCUGUGCCGUGUGCCUCUUCUUGCUAUGCAUGCCGAUCAUAGCCGCGCCAUUAGAAGCAAUAGCGGUGCUCGGUUUCGUGCUCGUGGGCAUCCCUGUGUACUACAUUACACAGAGGAGUUCAGGGGAAUCUGGGCUCGCAGGGAGCUUCACGAACCUCUUCUCGCGGCUCCGUGGCAGGCCAGCGCCCGGCGCGGGGUGGGAAGCAGUCGCGACCGAGGGAGAUGAGCAAGUCGAGAUGGCGGACGCGUUACGGACGUCUCGCUUAUGAGAUGCGUGCGCAUGUGCAGGGGCCGAUUGCGAGGAUGCUACGUUACUCAGGAGAUCUUGAGAUGGGCAGUCGCGGAGCGAUCGCGC